CCUUCCCUGUAGAUUCCGACUACGCCCGCUACGUCACUUCCGGUACUAACUCCCCCUUCCGUUCGUUCUGUAUGUUUCUUAGGCGGAAGCAGGCCUGAGCAAGUGGGCGAAGUGAGUGAAGCUGAAGCCGGUGUCAAGAUGGCAGGAGCUGAUGGAGACGACUCGUUGUAUCCUAUUGCGGUUCUUAUUGACGAGCUGAGGAAUGAGGAUGUCCAGCUCCGUCUCAACAGCAUCAAGAAAUUGUCUACUAUAGCCUUGGCUCUUGGGGUGGAGAGAACUAGAACAGAACUGCUGCCAUUUCUUACUGACACUAUAUACGAUGAAGAUGAGGUACUUCUGGCCCUUGCUGAGCAGCUGGGAAGCUUUACUACUCUGGUUGGUGGACCUGAAUUUGUCCACUGUCUUCUUCCUCCGCUGGAAAGCUUGGCAACUGUUGAAGAGACAGUAGUUCGUGACAAAGCAGUGGAGUCCUUGAGGAAGAUCUCUCAUGAACAUUCUCCUGUCGACCUUGAAGCUCAUUUUGUGCCACUAGUGAAACGUCUAGCCAGUGGAGACUGGUUCACAUCACGUACAUCGGCUUGUGGGCUCUUCAGUGUGUGCUAUCCAAGAGUUUCUAGUACUGUCAAGAUGGAAAUCAGGCAGCACUUCCGCAACCUGUGCUCUGAUGACACUCCAAUGGUACGACGUGCUGCUGCUUCAAAGCUUGGUGAAUUUGCUAAAGUACUUGAACUGGAGUAUGUCAAAAAUGAUAUCAUUCCACUAUUUACCAACCUGGCUUCGGAUGAGCAGGACUCUGUGAGACUCUUGGCAGUUGAAGCAUGUGUUAGCAUUGCUCAGCUUCUUCCUGAAGAAGAUCUUGAAGCUCUGGUGAUGCCUACACUUCGACAGGCAACUGAAGAUAAAUCUUGGCGUGUCCGCUACAUGGUGGCAGACAAAUUUUCUGAGCUCCAGAAAGCUGUUGGACCGGAGAUCACAAAGAAUGACCUUGUUCCCGCAUUCCAGAAUCUCUUGAAAGACUGUGAAGCAGAAGUUCGAGCUGCAGGAGCACACAAAGUAAAAGAAUUUUGUGAGAAUUUGCCCUCUGAUGGAAGAGAGACAAUAAUCAUGAGCAACAUUUUACCCUAUGUAAAGGAGCUGGUAUCUGAUACAAACCAGCAUGUGAAAUCUGCACUGGCCUCUGUAAUCAUGGGAUUAUCCACAAUUUUAGGCAAGGAAAAUACAAUUGAGCACCUCUUGCCUCUCUUCUUGGCACAGUUAAAAGAUGAGUGCCCAGAAGUGCGACUGAAUAUUAUAUCUAACCUAGACUGCGUGAAUGAAGUGAUUGGAAUACGGCAGCUUUCUCAGUCUCUUUUACCAGCCAUUGUUGAGCUAGCAGAGGACACCAAAUGGAGAGUGCGGCUGGCAAUCAUUGAGUACAUGCCUCUGCUUGCUGGUCAGUUGGGUGUUGAGUUUUUUGAUGAAAAGCUUAAUUCUUUGUGCAUGGCUUGGCUGGUUGACCAUGUGUAUGCCAUUCGAGAAGCAGCAACCAACAAUCUAAUGAAGCUGGUGGAAAAAUUUGGUGCAGAGUGGGCUCAGAAUACCAUUGUGCCAAAGGUUCUGGCCAUGGCAAAUGAUCCGAACUACUUGCAUCGAAUGACAACCCUCUUCUGUGUCAAUGCCCUGUCUGAAGCAUGUGGCAAGGACAUCACCACCAAGUUGAUGCUUCCUAUUGUAUUAAAGAUGGCAGCUGACCAGGUGGCUAAUGUCCGCUUCAAUGUGGCUAAAUCACUACAAAGGAUAGGACCAGUCCUAGAUAGCAACACUUUACAGGCUGAUGUAAAGCCCAUACUGCAGAAGCUGGGCCAGGAUGAGGAUAUGGAUGUGAAAUAUUUUGCCCAGGAAGCAAUGACUAUACUUGUCUUGGCAUAGGAGGGUGCCAGGACCGUUCCCCAACCCCACUGUUCAUUGAGUGUGUAGUAGAAUGAUUGUUUUAAGACUGCAGAACAACCUGUCAAGACCUCAAGGAAACAAAACGGCAACUACUGUUGGAAGGCCACAUUCUCUGCACAUGUGCCUCUUCUUCUAAAAGACUUUCUUUUUUAUUUUCUUUAACUAUUUUAUUUAUACAUUUCCAGUUUCAUGUCUUGGCAUUUCUACUGCAGAAGUCUUAUUUGUUACUGGUGGUGGUUAUUGUAUUAACAGUGUUAGUGGUUCUUGGCAAUGGCAGAAACGUGGUCAGAUUCCUAUAUCAGAGUUGAGGAUUUUUUUUUUUCUGAGGCGAUAUGGGUGCUGAUCUAGAUGUAAAAUUUGGAUUCAAGAGGUCAGUUUAAUCUGUAUUUG